AUGCUCCUCUUCAUCAGUCUCCAGAUUCCUCUGUCAACUAAUGUCAAUGGUAACUUCACUGAUGCAAACGGGAAUGGAACCUUACUGGCACAGGUGAUGUUUUCACCAAAACCUCUUGGCACUAGAUCCACACUCCAUCUUGAGGGCCAUGUUCAGAGCGAGGCAAUUCGCAGAUUGCUUAGCUGUGCUUAG